AUGGAAAAGGUCCAGCAAUAUCCUAUCUGCGGAUUUGUACCUCCAUACAUUCUCUCGGCCAUAGCCGACUCUGCCAUCGCCAAAUCCGAUGAUGUCGGAGAAAGUUCUCGUACUGCCUGCAAACAUACUCUUCAACAUGGAAUGACCUAUGUCACUCAUCGUCAUGAGCUGUGCGCUAAAACUCAGCAAACUCUGGUAGCAGAAGCAGCUACACUACCAAGUACCGUGCAAAGAAAGAUCUACAAUUGCAACGGAACCGACAAUCUCCCUGGAACUCUUGUCAGAUCGGAAGGACAGGUACGCAUCAAGGACCGCCAAGUCAACAAUGUCUACGACGGAUUCAAAAUCACGCAUGACUUCUUUUCGAAGAUCUUCGGCCGCAACUCCCUUGAUGGCAGAGGGUUGCCUCUUACCGGCAGCGUUCAUUUCAACCUGAGCAGCACGCCAGAAGGAUACAACAACGCCUUCUGGGAUGGCGAAGCGAAGCAAAUGGUUUUCGGCGAUGGCGACCACAUCAGCUUUGACUUUCUCACCGACUCGCUGGAUGUCAUCGCCCACGAACUGAGCCAUGGCUUCGUCCAAUUCUCUUCUCCGCUUAAAUAUGAAGUACAGUCAGGAGCCUUGAAUGAGUCUUGUGCCGAUGUCUUUGGCUCCAUGGUCGAGCAAUGCCAUAUGAAGCAGAGCGUGGAUGAUGCAGAUUGGAUUCUCGGUCAGACACUUUUUCCAGUGGCGUUUACCGGUUCUGCGCUACGAACUUUCAAGGCCGGGAAAGCAUAUACGGAUGACCCUGUCUUCGGAACUGACCCGCAGCCAAAGCAUAUGGACAAUCUUUACGAAGGAACUAAUGAUAGGGGAGGCGUUCAUAUCAACUCUGGUAUUCCGAAUCAUGCCUUCUAUCUGGCUGCGAAAUCUCUUGGUGGAUAUUCCUGGGAAAAGGCUGGCAAGGUGUGGUACAAGACCAUGAUUUCGGGUAAGAUUGAACCCACGUGCGAUUUCAAGACUUUCGCGAAAGCCACAGUGGAUGUCGCCGGAGAGGAAUUUGACGAUAAGUCGGUACAGAAGGCUAUCGGUGAUGCGUGGGUCAAGGUCGGAGUCCUUGCUCAAACAGAACUCUGA